GAGCAACCGGGUCGCUUACCCAAUUACAGAUUCAUCAACUAUCGGGUAAUCGGGUCGACCUUGGGAACCAAAAGGAGCGGGGUCGAGAGCGGGGAGGAGCAGGAAAAAUUAUGUUUGCGACGGCGGCGAGAAUGAUGUCGGCGGCGAGGAAGGGGAAGCCCAAGAUGAAGCCCAUAGAGCCGAGGACGCCACCGGAGCAGACCCAGACUAUAACCAGAGCCAUCUUCGACGUCAUCAAGGAGCAUGGGCCCCUCACCAUCGCCGACGCCUGGGCCCACCUCAAGGAAUCUGGGUUGAGAGGUUUGACAAGCAAAAGACAUAUGAAGAUAUUGUUGAGAUGGAUGAGGGAAAGGCAAAAACUUCGGCUAAUUUGUAACCAUGAAGGACCACACAAGCAAUUUCUCUACACUACUUGGUUUACCAAUCCUAAGGCGAUGCCCCCUCUAAGGCACAGAAAUAACACUGGAUCUUCGGAUAAAAGACCCGGUGGGAACUACUAAUUGCAACGUUGGACUCAAAGAAAGUAUCAGAAAUGAAUCAGAAUCAACCAGUGAUUUUCUUAUCACAAUAGUAUCCAGGGUAUUAUUUUUAAUGUAUAGAUAGAUACACCACCUGAACUUAUAUUUAAUCCUGAUCUCGAAAUGGACUUAUUCUCCCUGUUAUAAUGUACACUAGCGUGUAGCGUGUUGUAUGGAGAUCAUCAUUUCCCAUUGUGGAUGUUGUACAUUUAUCCCUGCAAAGAGGGAGAACUCCAUCUCGAGUGUCAGGGGUCCAAUUUGUAGUAAAAAUUUUAGGAGUAAACAAGCGAUUGAUCUGUUAUAUUACAGAUGGUGUACCUACAAUUAAUCCUUUUUCUUCCUGAGAAAUUCGAGAUUUUCCAGCUUGAAGGCUGCUGUAAAUGAAAGCAAUUAACUUUCUAUCUUGCUAUGCGUUGGGAGGAAUUUGUUAUUACA